AUGGAAGGAAACAGGUCAAAAAGAAACUCUUUCUUCUUCUUUUCUGGAGGCAGCAAAGGUACGUCAAAUUCAAGUAAGGAGGUGACGAAGAAUACAUUCAAGAGUCCCCUCAGCAAGCCUCCUUUAGGAAAUACCAAUUCCUUUUCCACAAGCAGUAAUGAAACACAACUUAAGGACGCUAUAGAAGAACGUACUAUCAAAAGUCACUAUGAAGGAAGUGAAGAUGUUAAUGAAAAGCUUAGUAAAAACCUGGCGCAAGCAGUUGCACAUACAGCAGAAGGCCCAAUUCCUACUCGGAAGGCGAGCGUAAUAAUGAGAAGACCCCCACCACCAGUCAUCGAUAUAAGUGCGCUAAAUAUCAGGUCAAGUCCUGAUAAAUCAAACGAAACUUUGUCUGCAUCUGUAAGCAACAAGACAGAUACAGGAACAGCUUCCCCUCCAUUAAAACCUUCAGAGGACUGCAAUAUGAAAGCACACAAGCGCCAAAAAUCUGAAAUUGAUCAGCUAAUGGAUGAUUUAGAGAACUUCGAAAAAGAGCGGCGGGCCAAUCUUGAGGCAGACCUCUCACUCCACUCAGUUCCUUCAAAGGAAGAUGUUCCCGUCGUGAACAGUACAUUUGAUAACUCAAGUUCAGAGCUCAAUAGCCCAAUUGCAUAUGUUAGUUCUCUCAACCUCGGUGAGUCAAAGCAGAGCUUGAUUACAGCGGAGAGAGACACUCAUGAACGGCCUUCGAAUUUGAGUUCUUUGGAAAGCACCGACCGGUAUGUAAACAGCUCAGACCAAGAGGGUGAUGCUUGUCAAGAUGACCAAUUUUCUUUUACAGAUUCACAUGGUGAAUCCGUCAUGGACCUACAACAAAUUUCCUACAAUAACGCUGGAAAAUCUGUGCCCGUGACAUCCUCUUUUAGGUAUACAUCUGCAGACCAGCCUAAAGCGUCUCUGAAAAACAAUUAUAUUGUAUCAAAUAAUACCUAUCAAGAGGAUCAAGCGGACAUAACGGCGCCAGAUUUCGAUGAUCGCAUUAAUGAAGAGCAGCCGAGACAAUUUCGCGUAGUGAACAAUGAUAAGGCGAGCUUCUAUCUCAAUGAAGAAAGCAGCACGACAGAAGAUGAUAUGAAUUCGUUUAGUGCAAUAGAAAGUGCACCUUUUUCGCAAUCCACAUCUUCUCACAAAGCACUUAGCUUUGAAAGCUCCCAAACGAGAGGUCUAUCAAAAGAUUCUCGAAGUGAGGAGAAAUCGUCUUUUCACCAUGAUCCAAGCACCUCGACUGAUGAAUUAAUUCCCAGCACUGUUGAAGCUACCCCUAGAUCUCAAAAUCUCAGUGAUGCAACACAAUCAUCGGGUGUUAGCGGAAAUUCAAUGAAUGUUCAGCAAGAUAAAACCGUUCGAUUGGUUUCCAGCUAUGUAGAAGAAUUGCGCUUGAAGUAUUUUCCAACAUCAAAUUCACUACAACCACCUCCUGACCUACCGCAUGCUUUAAAAUCUAAGAACAAUCUGGAACAGCCGCAGAAUAUAAAAGUUCGAAUCAGAACUAGUUCGAAGCAAAUAGGUAUUAAGCACGGUAAAGCGAAACAGAAGUUACUGUCAUUAGAAACAACUAGCGAAGAAAAAGAAAACCAGGCUUCUGAUAUUAUUGGAAGUUCUCCUAAUGCUUCUACAAAAGUUGACCAUACAAGGGAAUUUCACGAGCUUUUCGGCAAAACUAAUUUGCAAGCAACAGAAAACAUCUCACCUGAUGAUGAUGACAUAUUUCUCAAUGAUAUCCCCGGUGACGAGGCUUAUGAUAGUGAUGAUUUGAUGGCACCACUACGAGAGCGCAAGGACGAUACUGUGAUGUUUAUUGGCGAAGACUUGACUCUUGACGGACCCACUAGCAAUCGAAUUGGAAGAAGUGACACUGUUACUAGUUAUUUUACAAGAAAAGCUAACAGACUGCGGAGUGGUACUCUUGAUCUAAACUACAAAUAUUUACCCAAACUUCCAAUUGACGCUUCCAUGGAUGAUUAUUCUAACCAACAGUAUGAACAUGACUACGCUACUCUCAAGCAUGCUUCUGUAGAUAAGGAUACCAUGUCAAAUGAUGAUAAUGAGGACGUAUACUAUCCUUCCAAUUAUAAUGGUGGAUUGCAUGUAACAAACCAGAGUUCUGAUAGUGACUGA